CACAAAAAUGCGUUCAAACGCAUUGUAACAGAACCUACAAACGGCUGACGGAGUGUGCACUGCUGAUUGUGCUCCCUCCCAUUUCUGUGUAAAUUUGAAUGGUUAUGGAGCUUACCUUACGAAAAUUCAUCACGUCUUCAAUUCGACCACGAUCAUCAAAUAAUUGUUUCCAUGUUAGGACGGUCAUCGGGUCAAAUCUUCCUUCUUCCGGAUGGAAGCCUUCUAUAAGACUUCUUUUCGAAACCAUGGUAAAACUUUUCUUUCGAAGAUCAUCCUCGUCAAGAGGAUUUAUGUCCCUUGCACACCAAUCCCAAAGCUGCAAAACCUGAGUGAUGCGAUCAAGUCCACCAUGAUGAAAGUGAAAUACCUUGUAGUGGUUCUCGUAGUUCCCGAUCACUAAUUCACCACAGGAGUCAUCUUCUUGUUUAUUAAAUAACCUGACACUUUUCAUUUCGCUGAGAUCUACACUGAACUUCUCUGUGCUUCUAGAAAUAUUGGAAAUUUGUGGUUCCUCCGUCUCUCGAACAUCCAUUAUCUGAUGAUCAGUUGUUUCCGGCUGUUCAUCAAAAAAGUAAGCAUUGGGUGUCCAUGCAACCAACAAGCGGACAAGUCCACUUCGAUGGGUGAUGGAUUUCAAAGUAAAGUAUCCUGGAGAAUGAGAUUCACUUAAAGAGGAAGAAUGGACGCAAACAUUGUUUUUACAGAACAAAACUUCCUCGCUUUCGCUGGGGUCAUCUUCACUGUCCAAGUAAAAGGAACUGGGAAUCACAGAAUCGAACACCGCAGCACCCUCUACCGCAAACUUGAUUAGAUGACUCAGCAUCUCAACUGACUACCACCAAAAACCAAAGGUAACUUACUCUGCAUAAUCAGCUUUAUGACUGGAAGCCGAAAAAUACACACUGUGCUUGAUAUGAAUGUCUAAACGUCUACACGUCUUCCACGGCCGACUACAUCUUUAGAAAUCGUGACGUCACUUGAAACUGCCAAUACCCGAAAGGUCUGGGUAAAAGUGUGUGCAACAUGGCGGACGUGGAUGAAGGUUUCUUUAUGGAAGGAUGGAGAAGUGUUCAUUCUUCAGUCACAAAAGCUGACUUUUGUCGUUUCCAAGAUGCAGUGAAUGUAUGGAUAGAAAGACCAAAUGUUGUAAAUCGUCGUGUGAUGGGCGCACUUAUUGUGAAGAAAAUGUUUGUUAAACGUUUGACUGGCAGUGAUCUUGGGGAAUUUUUGUCUCUUUCUGAUGCUGAAAUCAAGUGUUUAUUUCAAGAUACUGAUUUAGAAGGUGAAACAUGGGGGUGUGAAGGGGGUGAUGAUAGUUUUGACCCUGACGAUAACGAAGUUUCUGGUUGUCAUGAAACUCAAAGUUUGUCGAAGGAUUCAGCAGUGCGUCUAGACGGUGAAGAAUCAGUUUCCUGCAUCGUUCGCAAGUUGAUACCGAGACAGGCUCAUGUUGAAUUAAUGGGUGCCAUGUUCGAGUUGGUCAUUUUAGAAAAAAACAAAAGUCGAGUUUCCUUUUGUCCACUUUCACUGAUGGCAAUGGAGAGAGGUUUCAAAAGUUACCAAGACCUCUUGGAAAUGUCCAAGUCAUACUCAUUUGUUUAUCAUCAGCCAUCUUGCAAAGGAGAACAUGCCAGAGUUUCACUACUACUGAUGGACAGUGCAACAUUGUCUGAAAAUGGAAGGGAUGGGAUAUUAUGUCCUACAAUUCACUGGCUGAAGGAUAUCUUACUUCCUAAACUUUGCAAGUGGGCAGGAGAAGCUCAGGGUAGCCAAGUUAGUAGAGGAUCAUUAAGACUUGUCCCUUUGGAUCAAUACACAAAGAUAUAUCAACGCCUAAAACAAGACUUUGGAGAAAAGUUUGUAAAGAUGUGGCCAGAAAGUACAGAUCCCCAGAAAUUUGUGUAUGAAGAUAUUGCUAUAGCUUCAUAUUUGCUGGUCCUUUGGAAGAAGGAGAGAUAUGAGAAGAAUCUUAAGCAGAAACAGAGCUUUGUUGAUCUUGGAUGUGGAAAUGGAUUCCUGGUUCACAUUCUCAGCAAGGAAGGGCAUCCAGGAAGUGGUAUUGAUGUGCGUCGACGUAAAAUUUGGGAUCUGUAUGGUGGAGACACCUCACUCCAGGAAAAGGCAGUGAAUCCUACUUUACCUGGUCUGUUUCCAGAUGUCGACUGGCUCAUUGGCAAUCAUUCUGAUGAACUCACUCCCUGGAUACCUGUAAUGGCUGCUAGGUCAUCAACCAUGGCUCGAUAUUUCCUUCUACCAUGUUGCUUGUUUGACUUUAACUGUAAGUUUAACAGGAAAAAUAGCAAAGUGACGCAGUAUCGAGAUUACCUGGAUUUUGUGUACAAUGUGGGAGAAACAUGUGGCUUUCAGGUAGAAGAAGAUUCAUUGAGGAUUCCUUCUACCAAAAGGAUCUGUCAUAUUGGACGACCAAGAACAUUCACUGAGAACAAUGAUGACCUACAAAUCAUAUCAAUUAAGGAUAUGAUACAAGAGAGAGGUUGCAAUCUUGAUGAUGAACAGCCCCCUGAAACUUUAAGGAAUAUUCCCUCCCAAAAUCACAUAACACCUAAUCAACAUGAAGAUAGAGGGGCUGUUGACAUCCAACGACAGCACCAUGAGCAUCAUGCUACUGAUGCCUUGCUGUGUAGAGGGAGAGGAAACACCAGCAUUCAAACUUUUGCCACCAAGUCUUACUCAACCUUUUCUAAACAAGCACCUUCCAGUUUUCAGCCUCGUGCUCAGAAGGAGGCAAUACGAAACUGUACAACUUUAGAAAGAUCUCUCAAAGAACAUUUUGUCAAUGGUGUAGCAAGGUAUUUGUUGGGUUUACCUCUUUCAAGUGAUGACUUUUUGAGCCCUUCAAGCUCAAUUUCAGAGGUUGAAAAAGGUGGUAAAUGGCGAAAAGGAGGUACUAUGCAAAUUUGGGAAGCAGCUCAGUUGUUUGAUAAAGACACUUUGGUUCAACUUAAGCAUGAAUGUGGAGGUCUUCAGACCUUGUUACGGAAUCACUAUCAUAUUUUCAAAGUUACUGGUGGUUUAGUUGAACUGAGGGAUUGGAGUCAGGAAUCCUCAUGCCAUGGUGCAAAGAAGGCUAAUUUUGGAAAGAAGCAGCGAAGAUCUCAGGCAUUAAGGAAAACUUCAUUGUGCUGGUUUUACUUACAUCAUCCUGAUGGUUGUCCAGUGACAGCAGAGAAGUGUCAUUAUGCACACACAACAGAUGACCUUAGAGAACGACCCUCAGUGGAAGUCCUAAACAGUUUUGAGAAGAACAGCACUUGCGAUCGCCAUGUACUCUCCAUACUUCAGACUCAAUCCAUCGGCAGUUCUUCCAAGUCCUCUCUUUACUAUGAAGUUAUUCAAAUCUUUCAGAAGUUGUCCUUCAUCAAGAGGAAGGAGACUUGACAAUGAUUUACAUGAGAGCUGAAGAAAUAUGUCCACGAUAGCUUCAUAAGUCUUUGUGGAGAACGAGGUCUUUUAUCUCUUGAAGAACUUCUCAAUGUUGUGUGUAAAAUAGAACUAAUGCAGCGGUGUUCUCUUUGAAUGGUUUUGCAAUGCUUGUCAUCUGCUGUGGUUACCCAAAUGCUGAUUCUUUUAUGUCUUGCGCUGAACACUAACUUCACACGUUCAUUCUUCCUCUGCUUCACAUCUUUCCAGCAGUGCAGUCAUCGAGAAUGAUCAGUGUAUUAGUUAUAAUUAUAGGUAUAAUUAAUGUUGAUGAGACUAUUCGAUCUGACCUUGAGGUGGAGCCGAGAUAAGCAAGUCAUUAUUAUUCCUCCGAAACCAUCAUACGUAACUUACAUGGCUCUUUUCUGGACACGCUCAAGGUCCUCACUAAGAUAUUCGGGAAGGCUGUGGUGGAAAAGGACAGUAUUCUAAUACUGGUCUUAUUACUGGUGUGAGGAUAGGUUUUCGCGCACUCUAACUGAACUUCAGGGGAAAUUAACUCGGUAGAGACCACUCGGCUAACGAGAACGGAAACUCGUCACGAUUUCCUGUCACACGGAGAUCUACUUCGAGCGUGCUUGUACAGACGUCAAGGAAGAGACAACGUUUUGGUUCCACAGCAGACUUUUAUUCAUAGAGCACUCUAACAUACAUCAUGCUCGAGUCAGAUCUAAACGUGUAAUCAUCAAAGCUGUACAAGGUACUGGCUUGAGAACUAACUGGUGUGGGGUGCUAUUGUUACACAAACCACAAUAUUUGAAUAAGGACACAAAGGAGCGGAAAAAAGUCUGAAGUUGGGCGAAAACUAAAAUAUUCCAUCUGAUUCUACGACGAAAAGAAUCUCAAAAUUAAAAAGACGGACGCAAUAAACUUGAGGCCAUAAAAAAUAGGAAACUUAGGUGCGAAUUCACAGCUCUGGUACAGAAAAAUAUACCCAUCUUAAUUACAGUAGAGCAGCUUAGGAAAUAAAAACGGAAAAGCAAUUAAA